UCUUCAGAAUGCCAUGUUUGCCAAGUAAGCAUACAUCCAGACUUGAACAGACCAAAGGGUAGUGGGCUGUUCCAGCAGCAGGCUGGCGCGUUGCGGGGAUUCUAAGAGUUAUUAUAACAGGAGUCUAACCUUUGGGCUCCUGCGUGAUAAGGUCGCGACCCUGUUCAUGAGCUGUGCGCCGCCAUCCUCCUCAAUUGCAUGCAUCUAUGGACGCAAUCUCUGGAUUGCGAGCCCAGGGACACAUGGGGAGCCUUCUGGUGAUCUUCUAGGGUUCUUUACCACUAUGACAAAAAUUUGAUUUUUGUCUAGCAGGCCUUCCAUUACUUGAUCGGAGAGCAGCCAAGUAUCGAGGUUCGCUCAUCCCUCGGCAUGUCUGAAAGUUUUCAAUGGCAAAUAAGGGGACUGGUAAAUGUAGGAUUGCCGGCAAUGAUCGUUGGCUCAUUCUUUGCUCGUGGACUGGUUGUAAUCUUCUUCCAGUUCAUUCUGGAUUUUUACAUUUGAACAGUGCGUAAGUAUUGCCAUCAGGAUGGCGCAAUCUGAAUGUGCGGUGUGGGUUGUGUGGGAUCUGUAUGGCGGAUCUGGUAAGUUGAGAGCAAGGUGUUCGCAAAACAAGUUCGCUAACUCGGGGCGCUGGAGGCUUACGAAAUAUCUGAGCAGACGAGUAGUGAGGUUAUUCUGCUUCCUUGAAAGUGUCCGCAAGAGUAUUGUCGUUCGAGUAGGCGCGCCAUGAGCACGGUUGCACGCUGAUUAGAUCACUAUCGAGCAUGAUAGGGUUUGACAUUCUGGGUGAUGGCUGAAUUAUCAUGGCGAUCCCGCUAUUUUGAGUCCUCUGUCAGCACACUCUUGUUUCCAAGCGGCCGAGCCUUGCAAUGACUGCGAAGUACAAUGAAGCUUAAGAAGUCACAACAACAUGCACGUAGGCUGGAAUCACUUCGAAGGCAUCGAUCAAUUGGGGAGUCGUCGAUUUUAGGGCACUUGGAAUCUUCCAGAAAGAGUAAUGUGAGAGAGCAUCACGUUUUGAAAAUCUUGGAGGCCGAUUUUCGACAGAAAUCAUGAUCAUAGCAGACGACAUACUGAGCUUACUAGUGCAAGCAGAGAGGAUACGAAGCAGAGUGACGGUGGCCUAGCUGAUAAACAAGCCUAUUGAGCCACAAUGCCGGAAUUGGAGAAUAGGAUAUGGAUGAACAUGCUCAUAGCAGGUGCUGCGGUGGCUGCCAUUACUACCGUGGUGAUUGCCUGGAAUAGUACACAGAAGGCCCCUCUCGUGAAAACUCGCAACCGGGCACUAGAGCUUUUAUACGAGUUUCAGCAUGCGGCUGCAACUCCUUUACACGCUUUGCGGCAGAUUGCGGAGCACAUGGCCAUUGAGAUGCGUGCAGGACUGAGGAGGGGCGGCAAGAGCAACCUUCUCAUGCUUCCUACUUACGUGGAGAAUCUUCCGGACGGAGACGAGGAAGGACUGUUCUAUGCUUUGGAUUUGGGGGGUACCAACUUUCGGGUCCUGCGCUGUCUGCUUGGAGGGAAAGAUGGCAGGGUAUUGAAACAGGAAUUUGAGGAGGUCUCCAUACCCAAAGCGCUGAUGUUGGGCACAAGUGCGGAGCUCUUCGACUUCAUAGCGGAGAGACUGGUCGAUUUUGUGAGCCGAGAAGGAGAAGGGUUUAAGACGAGAAACGGCAUGCAACAAACAGUUCGCGAAAUGGGUUUAACGUUCUCAUUUCCUGUCAAACAACAAUCUGUGAAAUCGGGGGCCAUAAUUCAGUGGAGCAAGGGCUUCGACAUUGCUGAUGGGGUUGGAGCAGAUGUCGUGGCGCUGUUGCAAAGUGCAAUAAACCGCCAGCGUGGACCGAAGAUUGAGGUGGCUGUCUUGGUCAAUGACACGGUGGGUACUCUGGCUGGUGGGCGCUACUGGAACGAAGAUGUGAUGGUGGGAAUGAUUUUGGGGACAGGCACCAACGCUUGCUACGUAGAGCAUGAUUUGCCCAGCCACGUCCAAUCUGGAUCGGGCGAGAUGGUCCAUCCUAGCUCUCUUUUCUACACCCGCAGUAUUACAACACAGCUGCCUUGUGUUUGUGUUAGUGGAGAGUGUGUUUUAGCAUUCUUAAUAUUAUCUGUUGUUGCGGACUGUGAUCGAAUGCAGAUAAUCAACAUGGAGUGGGGUGGGUUCUGGUCGUCACAUUUGCCACGGACUUUCGCCGAUGAGCAGCUUGACAAGGAGAGCCUCAACCCCGGUCAGGCGGGUUACGAAAAAAUGAUCGGCGGUAUGUACCUGGGAGAAAUAGUUCGUCGAGUGUUGUUGAGGAUGGAAAAGGAGGCUUCACUAUUUGGUGGUCCAGUACCUUCUAAAUUAAAAGAGCCCUUCAGUUUGAUAACUCCAGAGAUUGCCAAGAUGCAUGCCGAUGAGUCAAAGAACUUGCGGGUGGUGGCCAAAGUUUUGAGGGACGUGUUUGGGGUUCAAAAAACCGAUUUGGCAGCAAGGAGGAUCGUGCACGAUGUUUGUGACAUUGUAAUCAUGCGCAGUGCAAGGUUGGCGGCAGCGGGAAUCGUGGGCAUUUUCAAAAAAAUUGGGGGCGAGGCUUUCGACUCGACGGAUUCAAGGACACUCACAAAUCUGCACUGGGACUCCCAAGAGCCUCAACAACUUGACACAAAACGAAUUGUGGUGGCCGUGGACGGAGGGCUGUAUGAGCACUGCACCCAAUACCGGGUCUAUAUGCGGGCUGCUGUGAAUGAGCUUCUGAGCGAAGCAGGGGCAAAGCGAUUGCAAAUCGUGUUGUCCAAGGAUGGGUCGGGCAUUGGAGCAAGCAUCCUUGCAGCACGUCACUCCCAGCAUAGGGGUGCGAACAAAAUCACGUGCCCUAUGGAAAGGCCUUCUGAAGCUGCGGAGAGGCCGUCGGUGCACUUAUGUGGAGGAAAUUCCUCCUCCUGUUCACAACACACACAAUCUGAAUUACCGCCCAGAAGCACACAAUUCACACAAUCUGAACCAACACCCAGAAGUACACAAUUCACGCAAUCUGAGCCCCAAUCUAAUUGGCUACAAGCUACACAACAUUCUGUUUCAUACGUCUAUGGCUUGGAAUACAUUGAUUAGUGGUUGGAUUAUGUUACUGUGUAUGUAUGUAGAAGACUCUGGAAGCAGCUAAGGUAUGCAAGGUGAGGAAUUCAACAAGUUAAUCGACCCAUCCUCACAUUUACUACUUGCUUACAGAAUGUAACAUAUAUAUCUCUUCAGAAACUAGACAGGCGAUCACUCAAACUGUGAAUGAGACUGGCUUAUAUUGAUAAACAUGUGCACAUGGGAAAUCUGUUAACUAUACAGCACUCAGACAGAUUACUCAAUUUUUUUAUUGCGGAACAUGUAUUUGAUAACGUAAUCCUGAGAAGUAUUCUGCUACACUUUCUGAACCUUAAAAUCAAACAAGUGUUGAAGUUGUUAUGGCUUCGUAGUA